GGCAUGGAGGGACAAGAGGGCGGUGGGUCCGUCUCCAACGUGGAGCUCUGCAACUUGGCUUACGCGGGGCUGCUGGAGGAGGUCAAGGAGCGGCUGGCCGCCAACCGGAGCCUGGCGACGCGAGCUGAUCAGGACAAUAGGACAGCUCUACAUUGGGCAUGUUCAGCUGGUCAUUCGGAUGUCGUUCAUUUUUUGCUAAGCCUGGGGGUGCCUGUUAAUGACAAGGAUGAUGCUGGCUGGAGCCCUUUGCAUAUUGCCGCAUCGGCUGGCCGGGAUGAAAUCGUGAAAGCCCUCCUUCAGAAAGGAGCUCAGGUGAACGCCGUCAAUCAGAACGGCUGCACCCCUCUGCAUUACGCCGCGUCGAAGAAUAAGCAGGAGAUUGCGCUGAUGCUGCUGGAGAACAAGGCCAAUCCAGAUGCAAAGGAUCACUUGGCCUCCACACCGUUACACAGAGCAGCCUCCAAAGGGAACCUCAAAAUGACAGAGAUGCUUCUGAAACACAAAGCUUCGGUCAACUUACAGGACUCCGAAGGAAACACACCUCUCCACUUAGCCUGCGAUGAAGAGAGGGUGGAGGAAGCGAAGCUGCUGGUGGCCCAUGGUGCGAGUAUCUACAUUGAGAACAAAGAAGAAAAAACCCCGUUGCAGGUUGCAAAAGGAGGACUGGGCUCCAUCCUCAGAAGGCUGGUUGAGGGGUAGCUGCUGGGGGUAACCUAAAUUCCGUUCUCGACAAAACGAUUGAAGACUGUUCAUAAGAGGGGUUUUGUUUUGUUUUUUUUAAAAAAAAGAUCUCAUAGUGCUACAACUUGAAUUUUUUAUUGCACUGUAGCUACUCUGUACUUUCCCAUGUCUUCAGUGACCGUUCUCCAAAAAAAAUCUC